AAGUGUAACUUCCGGUUCGUAUAUCACGUGUUUCUCCUGUGAAAUUUAAAGUUUGUCCAGCGGUUAUCAUUGAACUUUAACAGAGCAGCCACCAGGCCCUUGUAGGCUGUCUUGUUAACAUCUGCAGGGUUUUCUAAACGCUGUUCAUCAGACGGAGGACAAAGCAGCAGCUCCGCCCGCUAAUCGUCUAUGUCUGGGGUGAACAGAAACACUACUCUCACCUGUCUUCAUGCAAAUGUACCCGCCUAAAGAUUGUGAUCCUGCUAAUAUCUAAUUGCAAGUAGAAUAGUCUAUUGUGCAGAAUUUGAGGUGUGUGCGGACGGCCAGAGGAGCGGCCCGAUGUUUACUCACGGCGGUUCAUCGCCCCAGUAGACGAUCUUUGCUGCACAUCUGGACCAGCGUGUGGUCUCCUCUCCGGAGCUGCUCGUCAUGUUGACUCGCCGCGUCAGACACGUCCUGUCAGCACACGCCUCGCCGCGCGGUGUUGGCACCAGAGGACGCUGCGGCCCGUCGUGGGGCGGGGACGUGGAUCGGGUCGGGACUCUGCUGCAGCUCUGUGCGGACAGGCACUACAUCUCACCCGGGCGGAGCGACGCGCAGCUGUGGCGGCGCGGGCUGAGCUGCAGCCUCGGACCUCUGGGCGCAGAGCUGAGGAGGAACCUGCUGGAGCAAUGGUGGCACUCUGUGACCCGCUCCAGAGCUCAGGUGUUCGGGAUCAACACUCUGAGCAGCAGCAGCAGCAGCAGCAGCAGCAACGACGACGAUGACAGGGACACAGGUGGACAACUGAGGACGGUUGAAUCUGAACGCUUGAAACGAAUACUAGAGCAACAAGAGCUGAGCAAGGAGCAGAUCGUCCACGAGGUACAAACGCUCCUGCAGAGGUCCCCAUCUGUAAGAACAGACUUACUGCAAGGUGCCUUGGAAGAGUUUGUCCCCUCGUUGGAGCUGGUGAACAGAAAGUUGCCUUUUGGCCUGGCUGAGACUGGUCGGUGUUUUCAGCCUUCAGAAGGUUCUGAUUGUCCUGCUGAGGUCACCCAGACGUCUCUGGUGUGGUUCUGCUCUCCCCGCACCUCCUCCCAGUGGCUGGAUCACUGGGCACGACAGAGGCUGAAGUGGUGGAGAAAAUUUUCCCUGUCUCCCUCUGACUUCAGCAGCAGUGACGUCCCAGAGGAGGAACUUGUGGAGGCAGCGUCUCGUGGUGUCAGGAUCGUCUACAACUUCCCAUGGGGACAGGAGGCCCUGGAGGCGCUGUGGAGCCGGGGAGACACUGAGCUGCUGAAGACGCAUAAAGGAGACCGAUCAAAACUACAGUGCCGAAAUGAGCGCAUGUCAGUCCCUCACGUUGUCUCUGUAACCGGGAACAUGGACCGUGGUUUGAUGGCGUUUCUGUCCAACUCACUGCAGCUGCUGAAGAAAGAAGACGGCAAGCAGAGGCUGCUGCAGAGAAAGGUUCUGAAGUUGCAUCCAGUGUUGGCUCCAGUCAAAGUGGCUUUAGACAUUGGCAGAGGAGCCACUGUGGAGCUGAGACGGGUUUGUGAAGGCCUCAUGCAAGAGUUUCUGGAGACUAAGAUCUCUGUGUGGCCCGGGUACCUUGAAACUGUACCGACAUCGAUGGAGCAGCUGCAUGCAAAGUACGAUGAGAUGGGAGUGCUUUUCACUGUGGUGAUCAGCGAUAACACGUUGGAGAGUGGCCUCCUUCAGGUCCGCAGCAGGGACACCACCAUCAAAGAAACUAUGCACAUCUCUGAGAUCAGGAGCUUUCUCUCGAGAUACAUUUCUGCUGCCGACAAAAUCUGAAUGGACUUCUUGUUGGACAGGCCAAAAUGGCAGUGAAUGUUGAAUAAUGCUGAAUAUUGUGCUGCCUUGCACAUCUGCCGCGACACUUAAAUGGAUAAAGCGGUAGAUGAUGGAUGGAUGGAUGAUGAUUGCACAUCUGCAAGUCGAGACAUCCUUGUGAUUAAUAAAAAUAUUUCUGGUUUAUUGGGA